UUCAUCGUCUGUCCACUUAAAAUGGCGGACGAGCCAGCACGGGAAUGGAGCGAUGAGCAGCUCAAAAGUGACGAUUUGCCCAAGAAAGACAUCAUAAAGUUCAUUCAGGACAAUGCCGCACACUCGUUCCUCAACGAGCACAAACUGUUGGGAAAUAUCAAGAAUGUGGCGAAAACUGCAAAGAAAGAACAGCUCGUCGUUGCUUACAACGAGCUGUUUGCUAGCAAACGGUUUAAAGGCACAGAACCAGUGGAAGAAGUGACAGCGCAGGUGAAAGCUGUCAAAAUUGACGAGAAGCCAAAAGAGGUCAAAGCGGAAGUGGUGGACGAGGGUCCACCCAAGUUCACUAAGUCAGUGUUGAAGAAGGGCGACAAGACAAACUUCCCAAAGAAAGGAGACACCGUCAGCUGCUGGUACACGGGAACGCUAGAGGAUGGAACUGUCUUUGACACCAACAUUCCCGCAGGGGCCAGAAAGAAGAAGCAAACAAAGCCGCUGAGCUUCAAAGUGGGCAUGGGCAGAGUCAUCCGAGGAUGGGAUGAGGGUAUUAUGACCAUGAGCAAAGGUGAGACGGCCCGCUUGGAGAUAGAACCCGAGUGGGCCUACGGGAAGAAGGGCCUGCCAGAUUCCAAAAUCCCACCCAACGCCAAGCUGAUCUUUGAGGUGGAGCUGGUGGCCGUGGAUUAACGGAUAAAACAUCGGUAACGUUAAAAGUUGCAGCACCUUUUGCAGUGUUUUUUUUUUUUCUCAUGGUCUUACGUUUGUUUCUGAGGGUCAAUGUUUACCUCCUUUGGAACUAUAAUGGAUCUUUGGUUUCUUGUGCAUUGUUUUCCAUUGUUUGGAUAAAUAUAUCCUUUUUCACAGACAAGUGCUUUUCCUUCCAUUCAUAUUCAUAAGAACAUUGAGGUUUGAACACUGUGGGGAUGAAACCGGUAGGUACGCUUGCCAUCGAGCAUUUCACAGGUUGAAUUAUAUUUCACUCUGCAUGUAACGGUUUUUUAGGGUUUUCUUGAUGAACUAGGUGGUUCUGACAAAUGAGGGGAAAAAAAAUCAGCUCGUUAAAAUUAAACACUCUCUCAUCCCCCGAAAAUGUUUUGUCAAAUUGUACCUUCAGAGAGCUUUUAUUUUGAUGGUCUACAUUUGACAAAGAGCGCCUUAGAACACAGUAGUGCAAAGUCAACACAGGAAACAAGUAAAAUAGAGCAUUGUCUUUGCAAAGGUGGAACAUAUGCAUGUGCACCUAAUGAAGUGGCUCAUGUGUGUAUAAUCUUUGUAUGAAUAAACACUUAAAACAUG